ACAAAUUAAGUAGACCAAGUACCUCCUCUCGGAACUGGUGAACAUACAUACCCACCCAUUCAGUCUCAUAGGCAGAUCAGAGAUGGCAGAAUCGUAUGAUAAGCAGGCCAACUUACCCAGAGAAACUGUUCCAGUUCAUAGCAUCCAAGACACCGUGCCAUGACCUUGCUUGGGAUGUAGGCACGGGCAGUGGCCAGGCUGCGAGAACUUUGGCUGGGAUAUACAAGAACGUGGUAGCCACAGACACGAGCCCAAAGCAACUGGAAUUUGCAGUCAAGCUUCCCAACAUUACAUAUCAAUGCACCCCUCCUGAGAUGUCUAUUUCCGAGCUUGAGCAAACGGUCUCAGCAGAAUCAAGUGUUGAUUUAGUGACAAGUGCUACAGCCAUGCAUUGGUUUGAUCUUCCAAAUUUCUACCAGCAAGUGAAGUGGAUACUAAAAGAGCCUGACGGAGUAAUUGCAGCAUGGUCCUAUACUAAGGCAGAGAUCAACGCUAGCGCCGCUAAUGCUCUUCUCCAGAAACUGUAUGAUGAUAGUGAUCCUUACUUAGAUCCACGAGCCAGAUUUUUCCUACACGACAAGUAUAGAACCAUUGACUUCCCCUUUCAGCCAGUCGAUGGACUCGACCACACUGGACCACUCGAAUUCAAAAUGGAAUGGUUGAUGGAUUUAGAUGACUGUUUCGCAUUCAUAAAGUCAUGGGCACAUUACCAAGCUGCAAAAGAUACCGGAGUUGAACUCUUGCAUGAUGACUUUGUUCAAGACUUCACUCGUGCUUGGCAUGAAGAUGGCAAUCCCAAAAAGAUUGCUACUUUUCGUAUUAACCUAAGGAUUGGAAAAGUUGGGAACGGGAGCAAGUGAAGGUUUUGCAGCUUCGUAUGGAUGAAAGUUUCCAUUUCCUACAGAUUUGAGUUCUGUGUCAGAUAUCAAGCCACCAGCUAAUAAGUACAUAGCUUUUAGAGUGAUUAUUUCUCAAAAAAAGUCAUUUAAUAGCCAGGUAAGCCACC